UGGCGUUUAUCUGGGUUGCACACGACUUGACCACCCUUCCACAUGUACUUCCACAUACCCUCACUUCCCUAUCUUUUCUCCUGCCCUGCCUUGAGGGGGCUUAUAUAAAAGGCAUCAGGAGAGCAGGAAAAACCAUCUGACUGCAGACUUCCAGGCAGCAAUUCACCCUCGCGCCGAGGUCUCCUGCCUCUAGGAACGGCUCCAGUUUCGUCGCCUCCACCAUGGGCCUCAGACCGAACGCCACCUCCUCCUGCGCCCGCGCCAGCCCGCUUCUGGCCCUGUUGCUCCUGCGGUCGCUGUUCCUGAGCUCUCUGGUUCCCUGCGCCACAGGAGAAACUAGAAGUGUGGACCCGGAGCUGUUCGUUGAACUCCGCUGCUUGUGUAUGAACACGGUCUCUGGCAUCCACCCAAGUAACAUCCAGAAUUUGCAGGUGCUCAGGGCAGGACCCCACUGUGCCAACGUCGAAGUGAUAGCCACGCUGAAGAACGGGAACAAAGUCUGCCUAGACCCAGAAGCUCCCAAAAUCAAGAAAAUAGUCCAGAAAAUUUUGGAAAGUAAAGAGCCAAUGGCUUAAUAUCUUCACUUUCUGUCAAAUCUUUCUAUUUCCCAAGAAGAGUAGGCGUUUAAAGGUUUGACUUUCUGGAGUUCUUACUCAUCCCAAAAUACCUAUUCAUAUUGUAGUAAACUUUGGAUAUGUUUUCCAUUCUGCCUGGAAAAGUCACAUAGUAUUCUGAGAAGGCUGGUUCAUAGUGGCAGAGAGAACAGUGAGCAAACUUACUGUCGAAAUACGUGGCUCAUUCCCUGUAACUUUUGGCUAAAUGUGGCUCUAUGCUUUGCAUUCUUUCAUUUAAAAUUUUCUUUACAAAUACUUUCAUGUGUGUUACCCUAUCUUGCUCUACUUACUGUGAGACUAGCUAUACUCAUGAUAAUUAAGAGAUUCCAUGAUGGUCAUUGUUAUUAGGAAUCACAGAGAGCCCAGAAUAGAGCUUUUCAUUGUCUUAGUCUUAGGAUGCCUUGUUUCCAAGCAUUUCUUGAAUGGUUCUUCUAGUGUUUAUUUCAGCCUCCAAAUCCUAAAAAUAAUACAGUUGUAGAAUGUGAGUCUUGUAAGCCGUGGCUACUUACUUUAAAGUGAAUAUAUUUAAUACUAUAGAAUAAAAAAAUAUGAUGAAAAGCAUUAACAUUCUCUCUAUUUAAAAACUCCAGUAUUUCCAACAAUAAUCCUAAUAAUAACAUAGGUUCUCUACGGUGAUAAAUGUUUUAACCUGGAAUGCUUGUAUAUAUUGGAUUUGCAUCCUAUCUGCUUACAAUUUUAGUAUUAGAAUCAACCUUGUGAAUACGUGAAAUAAAAAAUUCAAACUUUA